UUCUCUGAGGGCGAAUCGAGGUGAAAUCGUAGCAGAAGACUCACCGCGACCAUCGCUAUGAGAAAUCGUCGCGCAUUGAGAGAUAGAAGGAAGAGAGUAGCGUGAAUUGCGGGGGCGGGCGCGCUCGCGCGCGCGCGCGCGCACGCUCGCUGCCAUCAUCCCUUCGUGUGCGCUAUCAUCCCCCGGGCCCCGAGCCCCCGAGAGCGCGUCGCGACCAGUCGCGAUAGCGACAAGUGCCGCCGUCGCCGGCGUCCUCAUUCGCGAAUCGCGAGGGGGACUCGUUUCCUACCGUCCGGUCGUCGUCGUCGUCGUCGUCGGUCGUCGUCGAGUCGAAUAUGACGCGACUCCAUCGCCCGCGGAUCGUAUCGUAUUGCUCUUGACUACCAAGUCUGCGAAGCUCGACCACGGAUGCCGAGAGACGUGACAGCAAGUGCGGAACGAGACGAGAGCCGUCGAGUGUCUCAUCGGGAUAUCAUGUCUUCGAUAUCGGCACAGGGCGUCGUCGAGCGUGCCAGCGCCGAACUGACCAAACGAAUCAACGGCCUGGGAUUACGGACGUCGAAGCAUCAUGGGGGCGGCAAGACUAGCGUCAUGGAGCGCGUGACGAACGUCUUCUGCGGAGGCAGUGGUAGCGUUGCUUAUAUGAAUUUGCAAAGCGCGAAUAAUGUGAACGCGACACCCGAGAAGCCCAGCCGAAGUGCCACACAGACCAUCAACAAUGUGCCAGCGGGCAACAAUAAGGAACGCUUGAAUAACGUCACCCCGAGCAGAACUAGGAUACCCAGAAACAGGAUGAAGAUAGCCGUUCCUUUGGCCAGUGGAGGAACCGGUGGCUACGCGCCACCGACUACGUGGGAACAGUUGAUGCAGGACGAUAAUUUCCUGGGGCGAUUUUUUCUCUACUUUAACGCUACGGAAAGAAGAAUCUUGGCUCAGGUUUGCACGAGAUGGAGAGAUAUUCUCUAUGCGAGACCGCGUCUUUGGACGGGACUAGUGCCGGUGGUGCGAUGCCGUGAGGCUCGCGCUAUGCAACCGAACGCGCGUACCCGACUUUACGCUUCUUUAGUGAGAAGAGGUUUCGAUUCGUUAGUUCUCCUAAGCGCGACUGACGAAGAUAUUCCGGAAUUAACCCGCGGUUUCCCGUUGGCACAACGAUACGUGCACUCUCUAUCAUUGCGAUGCUGCGCGGUAACGGACAGAGGUCUCGAAGCGCUCUUGGAUCAUUUGCAGGCUUUGUACGAGCUUGAAUUAGCCGGCUGCAAUGAGAUAACAGAGGCCGGCCUGUGGGCAUGCCUUACCCCGAGAAUAGUGUCGUUGUCUUUAUCGGAUUGCAUCAAUGUCGCCGAUGAGGCCGUCGGCGCCGUGGCUCAACUGUUGCCGAGUCUCUAUGAGUUCUCUUUGCAAGCUUAUCACGUUACUGACGCUGCGCUCGGUUACUUCAGUGCAAAACAAAGCAGCGCACUCAGUAUCUUGAAGCUGCAAUCCUGCUGGGAGCUCACAAAUCACGGCGUAGUAAAUAUUGUACAUUCCUUGCCCAAUUUGACUGUACUGUCACUUUCCGGAUGCAGUAAAGUCACAGAUGACGGCGUUGAAUUAAUUGCGGAAAACUUGCCAAGACUUCGUUCCUUAGAUCUCAGUUGGUGCUCAAGGAUUACUGAUGCAGCGUUGGAAUAUAUCGCCUGUGAUUUGAAUAAUUUAGAAGAACUCACUUUAGAUAGGUGUGUACACAUUACUGAUAUCGGGGUCGGUUACAUCUCCACGAUGGUUUCGUUGAAUGCUUUGUUUUUGAGAUGGUGUUCACAACUUAGAGAUUUCGGACUUCAACAUUUAUGCGUCAUGAGAUCUCUACAGGUGUUGUCCGUGGCAGGUUGUCCAUUGCUCACAAGUAGUGGUUUAUCUAGUCUGAUACAGCUUCGACACUUACACGAGUUAGAACUAACUAAUUGUCCAGGAACGUCACGAGAACUGUUUGACUAUUUACGUGAACAUCUACCACGUUGCCUAAUCAUCGAAUAAACAAUAAAUAAGAAUAUCUGCGGACAAAACUCCUUUAUAUGCAAAUAUAUGUGUCAAACAAAAAGAGUUAAACUACGAGAAACACAGAUUUUAAUUGAGAAAGUUCGCAGAAAGCAAUAUUUUGAACGAAAGAUGGAAGCAGUACAAUUGAUAGGAGCACAGCAUAAAAAGCAACUGACGUCCAGAUAAUGAAGAAACACUACAUUUUCCUCUAAUGUAAUGGUCUAAGAGGACACUAGCCCUAAAUAUAAUGCAUAGACAUUUUUAAUACAUUAACGUCCCAUGCACUUCCGUUCGUAUUUUUUCAUUCUAUCAUUCUACAUGUAAUCAUGUUACUAGCAUAUACGAUCGCGAUUGUAUCUAUAUCGAUUAGACAAAACAGAAAGAAGACUCUUGCAUGUAAUGAUUAUGUACAGAAGUGAAUUCAGUAUAUUGUAAAUUAGAAAAGAUUGAUAAUGCAUCAGAAAAGAGAGAUCGGUGAGUCUUUCUUUUUGCCUCCUAAUAAUGUAGAAAGUCCGACUAAACAUAUGGCAAGAGACUCAACAGUUAGAACUGUGAUAAAUUUUAAAUUUAUAUUGUAUAUAAUUCUAAUUAAUUCGCAUACAUUUGAACGAUUACAUCAUCAAACGCAUUUGACGGACGUAACAGCCGAGAAAUAUUUGGAUAGUGAAUUUAGGAAUGACGUUUACAUCUUGUUGUUACUCAAUUAUCGUCUCCGCCAAAUGCGUCUAUCAAAUGUGCAUUGUUCCAUUCUUUGCGAUUGUAGUUGCUGCAACACACUUCACACGUUGCUUGAAAGAAAGUAUUUAGCAGAUAUCAAUUACACAGAAAGAAGGUAACAUUCCAAGUCAUAUUAUACCUAGCAACCUAUUCAUGAAUACAUGAUUCGUAUUAUUUGUUUGAUACGUGUGUCAAUAGACAGAAAAUCAUGGCCCACAACUGUAGCAGAUAACGAUAACGCGGUAACAUCGUCAUCCAUAUAUUAUCUUCAUGUACCCCUGUGCAAUCAGUGUUUUCUAAAUUUAAGACUUUUUACUAGCUGUAUUCUUUGUGGUUUCCAACUAAGUAUGUAUUAAUGUAACACAUAAUUAGAUAUAUUUCGCGGAUUUCAAGUGGAUAAUAAUUUUAAUAAUUUAUUACGUCGAUAUGUAUGUGUCGUAUUACAUCUUUCAUUGGUAUAUAUAUAGAUAUAUAUGUUUUGUGUGUGUGUGGGUGUGUGUGUGGGUGUGGGUGUGUGUACACAUACACACACAUCGAAAAAAAAAAAGCUAUUAAUGAUUAAAUAAGUGCAUCAUAUUAAUCAAUUUAAACGAGCGCUACGUCUGAGUUGCGCAUUAAGACAACAGCAAUAGAAUGCCAAAGAAACUUUUUCUUAAUUUACAAUUGCACUAUUCAUUUAAGACGCAAAAAAUUUUAAAAACGCUAUGCAGCAUACAUAUAUCAUGCAAUCAGUAUUUUUUAAAUUUAAGACUUUUCACCAACAUUCGUUGUGGCUAAUGCUAUAUAAUGAAGUCAGAUUUGCUAUUAAAAAGUCUGAAAUUUAAGAAACAUCAAUUGCACAAUAUAUUAUUGCAUUAUGCGUCUUUCGUUUUAAUACAAAAGAUUUAUAUAAUAAAUUGUCAAAACGUUGUAUCUUCUGGAUUAUAGCAAUAGCUUUGGAAUAUAUGUUCUGUUAAAUUAAGUUAUAGAUAAUCUCUCAAAGUAAUCUAAUAAUCGUAUGCAAAUAUCAUUUUUAUGCAUUGUCACAUGUUUGGCAUAUAAUAACUUUGUAUAUAUUGUACAAACUACACCUAUAUAAUUCUGUUAUCAAUCAAAACUGAACGUAAAUAUAUCUAUACAGGCAAAGCUAUAUUGAAAAACCGAGUCACACUGUGAGAUAUUGCUCACGGAUUGAACGUUCAAUGAUGACACAAUACAAUGGAAUGUGCUGUGAAAUAAAAAAUAAAAAUUUA